UGUCAUUGAACUGAUUCAUCACUUUGUACCAGAAAUGAAAUCAUUCAAUUCGACUGAGUUGUGUAGCUACAAAGUCUUGUUUGUCUUUGAUGGUCUGGAUGAGUGCCGCCUUCCUCUAGAUUUUCAUAACAAUGAGAGCUGGUGUGAUGUAACAAAGAAAACAUCACUGGAUGUGCUGUUGACUAAUCUCAUUAAGGGGAAUCUCCUUCCAUCUGCUCUCCUUUGGAUAACUUCCCGGCCAGUAGCAGCCAAUCAGAUACCUCCUGAGUGUGUUCACCAGGUGACAGAGAUACGAGGAUUCGUUGAUGCCCAAAAGGAGGAGUAUUUCAGGAAGAGAUUUAAUGAUCAGAGCCUGGCUAGCAGGAUUAUCGCACAUGUGAAAUCAUCAAGGAGCCUCUUCAUCAUGUGCCACAUACCGGUGUUCUGCUGGAUUUCAGCCUCUGUUCUUGAGAGACUUUUUAGUGAAACUGAUAGUGGAGAAAUUCCAAGUACUCUGACUGAAAUGUACACACACUUCCUGAUAUUUCAGACAAGUUUAAAAGAUAAAUAUGAGAAAACUCAAGAAAUAGGACAUAAUGUAUGCUUAAAACACAAUGAAAAGUUCCUCCUUAAACUUGGUAAGCUAGCUUUUCAGAAUCUUGAAAAAGGCAAUCUCAUAUUUUAUGAGGGGGAUUUUGAAAAGUGCGGCAUUGAUGUCAAUGAAGCUUCAGUUUACUCUGGAGUGUGCACAGAAGUCUUUUCAGAGGACUCUGGGUUGUAUCAUGAGAAGAUGUACAGCUUUGUACAUCUGAGUAUUCAGGAGUAUCUUGCUGCUUUAUACAUGUUUCUAUCAAACUCAUCAGCUAGUUUGUUGAAGACUGCAGUGGAUCAAGCAUUAAAGAGCAAGAAUGGACACUUGGACCUCUACCUCUGUUUCCUCCUCGGCCUGUCAAUAGAUUCCAAUAAGAGUUUGUUAAAAAGGCUACUGCCACAGAAAAGAACCAGAUCACAUAACAUUAAGGAAACGGCCCACUACAUCAAGGAGAAAAUACAGCAGAAUUUAUCUCCAGAAAGAACCAUCAACCUGUUCCACUGUCUGAAUGAACUAAAUGACAAAUCACUGGUAGAUGAGGUACUAAGUUACCUGAAUUCAGGAAGUCUUACAGCUGAAGACCUCUCACCUGCCCAGUGGUCAGCUCUGGCCUUUGUGUUGCUGAUGUCAGAUGAGGAGCUGGAUGUGUUUGAUCUGAAGAAAUACAUCAGAUCAGACGAAGGACUUCAGAGGCUGCUACCUGUGGUCAAGAAAUCUAGGACAGUUCUGCUGAGCAGCUGCUAUCUCACAAAUAAAGGCUGUGAAGUGUUGGCUUCAGCUCUCAGGUCAGACUCCUCACACCUGAGAGAGCUGGACCUGAGUGACAAUGACCUGCAGGAUUCAGGGGUGGAUCUGCUCUCUGCUGGACUGGGGGAUUUGCACUGUAAACUGGAGGUACUGAGACUAUUAGACUGUGGAGUCACCGAGAGAGGCUGUUCUUUCCUGGAUUCAGCUCUGAGGUCAAACCCAUCACACCUGAGAGAGCUGGAUCUGAGCUACAAUCACCCAGGAGAUUCAGGUGUGAAGCUGCUCUCUGCUCUACUGCAGGAUCCCAACUGUAAACUGGAGAAGCUGAAGGUGAACCAGUGUGAACUCUCGAAGACAUGCUGUGAAGCAUUGGCUUCAGCUCUCAGAUCAAAAUCUUCACACCUGAGAGAGCUGGGUCUGAGUGGUAAUGACCUGCAGGAUUCAGGAGUAGAUCUGCUGUGUGGUGGACUGAGGGAUUUACAAUGCAAACUAGAGAUUCUGAGAUUGUCAAGCUGCAGAGUCACAGAGGAAGGCUGUUCUUCCCUGGCUUCAGCUUUGAGGUUAAACCCCUCACACCUAAGGGAGCUGGAUCUGAGUUACAAUUACCCAGGAAAACUGGGAGUGAAGCUUCUCUCUGCUGUACUGGUGGAUCCAAGAUGUAAACUGGAGAAACUGAAGUUGAACUGGUGUCAGCUCAAAAAGACAUGCUGUGAAGUGUUGGCCUCAAGUCUCAGAUCAAAAUUAUCACACCUGAGAGAGCUGGACCUAAGUGACAAUGAUCUGCAGGAUUCAGGAAUAGAUCUGCUAUGUGGUGGAUUGGGGGAUUUACAAUGCAAACUAGAAAUAUUGAGACUGUCAGGCUGUAGAGUCACAGAUAGAGGCUGUUCUUCCCUGAUUUUAGCUCUGAGAUCAAACCCCUUACAUCUGAGAGAGCUGGAUCUAAGCUACAAUCACCCAGGAGUCUCGGGAAUAAAGCGGCUCUCUGCUGUACAGGAUGAUCCUAGCUGCAAACUGGAGAAACUGAAUGUGGAGCAUGAUUGGCAUUGCAGGAUCAGACCAUGGCUCCUGAAAUACUCCUGUCAGCUGACACUGGACCCCAACACAGCAAGCGGAUCGAUGUCUCUGUCAGAGGGGAACAAGAAGGUGACAUGUGUGAGCGUGGAGCAGCUAUAUCCUGAUCAUCCAAAGAAAUCUAAUUACUGGAACCAAGUUCUCAGUAGAGAGAGCUUGAUUGGUCGCUGUUACUGGGAGGUUGAGUGGAAUGGCAAUGGAGCCGAUAUUGGAGUGACUUAUAAAGGAAUCAGAAUGAAAGGGAGUGAUAAAUGCAAGAUUGGUUUCAAAGACAAGUCAUGGAGUCUGUUCUGCUCUACUGACAGUUUCUCAGUCUGUCAUAAUAAUAAACAGACUCUCAUACCCAUACAUCCCUCAGGUUCCCACAGAGUAGGAAUAUAUCUAGACUGGGAGGCUGGUACUCUGUCCUUCUACAGUGUCUCCUCUGAUAGACUGACCUUCCUAUACAGGUUCACCACCUCUUUCACUGAACCCCUCUAUCCAGCAUUUUGGGUUGUCUCAGGGUCCUCGGUGUCUCUUGCAUGCUAGGAUAGCUCACUCUGCUGGAAAGUGUCAAUCUGAGUGAAGCUUCUAGUUGGGUCCAGUAUUCACAACUUCACUCCCAGUGAAGCAAGGUAUCUAGGUGGCCUCCAAAAACACAUCACUCAAACAUAUUCACCAGAAAGCUUUUGUCUAUGCUCCACUUAGCCAGUAUGUACAUGAAUCUUCCAUAGACUUCCAGGCACAGGAUCAGUGGGUGUCUAUCAGCUGUAGUUAUCCUAGUUUCAAAGGGAAAAUGAACAUAUAUGUUGUCAAAAGCAACUCCCAUGAAACAAUCUGUGCUAUGGUUCAAUUAGUAAGAUAGAUAACAGUUUUAAAUAUGAGCAUCUGGUGAUAGAAGCCCUCAGUGUACUAGGCAUCACAGGAAGAACAAGGAGCAGAGCCAUCAAGGACGUCACUGAAGCAGCUGAGAAAUCCUCAAGAUGGCUCUGGAUCUGGUGAGAAGAUCCAAUGUGCACGCCACCUGAACACAUUCCGGGAUCUGAUCAACUGUGGCGGGCUUAAUCUGAGUGAAGCUUCUAGUUGGGUCCAGUAUUUAUAUGGGUGCUUCUGAUUCCUAUUCAUGUCCUACCUGUUCUCGUUAGUGGUGAUGGUUUGUGUCCCAGUGUGUUGUUCCUGCAUCUGUUCAUGCAAUUAGCCCUCCCUUGUUUCCCAGAGUUCUUAAAAUAGGCUCGUUGCAGAACUGAAUGGUAUACGCUCUUAUGGAAGAUAAAUACAUUUGCUAAAAUGCUGUUUUGGUCUCUAUAUUGCUAAUUAACAUUUAUCCGUCCCUCUUCCAUGGUUUAGUUUGAAAUUUGUUUUAUAUGUAAAAUACUGCACUUUUAACACUGGGGGUUAAUCUGGCUGAAGGGUCUGGUUUCUUUCUUUCCUUCCUAGUCUCCUGUAUUUAUGUGAGCAGGUUGGUAGCCUGUUCAUGUCCUGCCUGUAGCUGCUGGAAGUAGACACUCGGUGUGCUGUAUUUGUCACUAUGCGGGAUGGACAGUUGGACAUAAGAGUGGGUUUUCAGGGAAGGGAUAAUGAGACUGGAGGCGAAGAAGGGUGACCAGCAAGCAUUUAAAACUGUUUAGUAGUGGGCUGGUUGGGCUGUUAUUCUGACAACAGCUUCUCUUCAUUAGUAAUCGUCCACCUCAGACAGCUUUCCACUUAUUAAUGUACUUAUUAUUUCAUUUAGGUACCUUAAUAAAUUAAACAUCUUGGAUAAUCAUGGUUGUUUUUAAUGGCUCACAAUAUAUUGUAUUUAAUUUAAAAUGAAAACAAGCUAUGCAAUAUUUAACAUUAAAAUCACUGCUUUUAUAGAAUAGUCUUUUAACCGUGUCUGGAUUGUAAGGCAUGCUUAACACAAAAUAAAUGAUUCCCUGAAAUGUU